CACAGCUGCAACGCAAGGCCAGAACAGGAGCAACGAUGGCGCCAAACACCAUGAUUGCGAUCUACAAGCUGACCGACUCGGAUGGCCACUUCCGGCGCAGACCGUCGACAUUCAGGCGGACCAUCUCCCGCAAGCCAGGCUCCCAGUUCCCCGCGGAGAGUGGGCGCUACUAUCUGUAUCUGAGUCUGGCGUGCCCUUGGGCCCACCGCACGAAUAUCGUUCGGACCUUGAAGGGCCUCGAAUCCAUCGUGCCUCUCGUCGUCCUGGACCACGAUAUGGGGCCUCAGGGCUGGUUCUUUUCGGGCCGUGACGGAACCGCAGCGCAGGAUCCCCUCCAUGGAUACACCCACCUACGCGAUCUCUACCUGCAUGCUGACCCGGAAUAUACGGGGAGAUUUACUGUCCCUAUGCUCUGGGAUAGUAAGACGCAGACUGUCGUCAACAACGAAAGCGCUGACAUUCUGCAAAUGCUCUACACCGAAUUUGACGACCUUCUGCCGGCCUCACUCCGGGAGACAGCCCAUCCGCUGGGGGGGUACUACCCCUCUCCGUCGUCCCCAUUGCGCACGGAGUUUGAGGUCUGGAACGAGUGGAUGCAAGACCAGGUUAAUAACGGAGUCUACAAGACCGGGCUUGCCGGUACUCAGGCCGCGUACGACGACAACGUGACGAAGCUGUUCACGGCGCUGGAUCGCAUCGAGUCGCAUCUUCAGCAGCCAGGCCACCCCUACCUCUUUGGCGAGGCAAUCACCGACCCGGAUAUUCGGCUGUUUACGACAAUUAUCCGAUUUGACGUGGCAUAUUACAUGGUCUUUCGGUGCAGCAUCCGCACCAUCCGAUAUGGGUAUCCCAAUAUCGACCGCUGGAUGAGACGGCUGUACUGGGAUAAUUCUGCAGCAACCAGGGGUGCUUUUAAGGAUACAACAGCAUUUCAUAUUUACAAACGCGGCUACCUAGCCACUCUGCUCAGGAACCAGGGAUUUAAGGGCGAGGCCAUAGUUCCUGCCGGGCCUGUGCCUCACAUUCUCCCACCAGAUGAAACGACCUUUUCAUAGUAUUACUUAGGCUAUUUUGAUCAUCGUAGCUUUCAUUUUCAUAGUUACCUGUUCCAUGUAUAAUUAUCUGUCCGGGCGUUCAUAUUAGGAGACAAUGUGACGAAAUUGG